AUGGGAUGGGAGCUUACAUUAGAUGAUGAUAAUUAUGAUUAUCUUUCCUUCAUCCCGCUUGCUUUUGCUUUAUGUAAUAAAAUAAACAAAAGCUCUUGUGCUCAAUUCGCAGCUCACGAGAAGAGAAGUUCGUUUGGAGUUGUUUUGUCUUUAUGUUCUUUAAACUAUUUAAGAUGCUUAAGAAAUGAAGAAAUGACGAUUCUCAAGACCAAAUACUAA